AUGAACCUGACGGAGUUUAAUCAGUCUGAUCGCUGUGAGCAUUUCUCCUGUCCAGAGAGAUCUGUAUCUCCUGCAGUUUAUAUCUUACUGUACGUGUGUUCAGCUGCUGUGGUUCUGCUAACAGUGUGUGGAAAUCUGCUGGUCAUCAUCUCUGUUCUUCACUUCAAGCAGCUUCACACACCAACCAACAUGCUGGUGCUCUCUCUGGCUGUGUCGGAUUUCUUUAUUGGCAUUUUUAUGAUGCUGCCAUUGUUCAUCUGGUCGAUUGAGUCCUGCUGGAUUUUUGAUACAGGGUAUUGCACUUGUUGGAUGCUCACUUCUUUCUUUCUUGUUACUAUAUCCAUCUAUAAUAUCGUUUUGAUCGCUGUAGAUCGGUAUUUGGCUCUCGCAAACCCUUUUCUCUACACAAACAUGAUCUCUAGAAGGACAAUGUGCAUUGUGGUUUACAUUAACUGGUUUGUGUGGUUGGUAUAUAACACAGCACUCUGUUAUUUCAAUGGAAACUUCACUAGUUCUGUAAUGUGUCCUGGAGAGUGUUUAGUCAUUGUGAAUGAGGUUUUGUCUGUAAUCGAUCUUGUAGUUUCAUUUAUAUUUCCACUUUCUGUCAUAAUCAUAUUGUAUACUCGAGUUUUUGUGAUUGCUAAGAAACAUGCCACUGCUAUCAGAGAGCUUAAUAAUCACACACGACCUAAAACACAGAAAAUCACCUCACACUCUGAGAGAAAAGCAGCUAAAGUCCUCGGCAUUUUAGUGUCCGUGUUUCUGGUGUGUUUACUUCCAUAUUUUAUUUACAGUUUAUUAGACAAUGUUAUUGAACUACAGACAGAAACAUUUCAUUUCAUCUUGAUUUGUCUUAAUUCUACCAUUAAUCCAGUUAUUUAUGCUCUGUUUUACCCGUGGUUCAGGAGGUGCUUUAAAUUAACUAUAACUCUGCAAAUAUUCCAGACAGACUCUGCAUUAAUCAAUGUUCUUUCAUGA